UGAUGAACCAAAGACGAUCUGUUAGUCUCGAAUCCAAAAAACCUCUUACCAAUUCAACUUUUAGAACUACUUAACUCUCUACUCCUAAAUAAGACUUAAAUACCUACAAACCAUUUUCUCCUUCAAAAGAAGCCAAACUAUAAUUAUUCAGGAAAAUUUUCAAUGUGAAAAAACCAAAAACAUCUACAGUUAUGAAUUUUUAUGACAUUGAUACAGUUACACCUGUAGUGUGUUAGUCAGCUUAAUUGGAUAAGUAUGAGUUCCCAAAUUGGUUAAAAGGAAGGACAGAUUUUAUAAAGCUUCGCAAAUCUAAAUAUUUCGAUUAUCACCUUAAAGUCUUUUCAAUCUGUGAAUAAGAGUAAGGAUUUACAUUAUAAAAGUCCUUUCAAGAGAUCAGAUGAGUUGAAAGAAAUUGUUGCUAAUUAUCUAGUGAAACUAGAUUUUUUUCGAUUGAUGCCAAUGUAAAUGUUGAAGCAGAUAUCUGGUAGAUUAUUUGCAAAAUCUUAUGAAGAGAAUGAAAUAAUAUGUAAUAAAGGUGAUAAAGGUGAUUGUAUGUAUGUAAUUUUUGAUGGAUUUGUUGAAGUAGUAGGGAAAAAUAAAAAAUUAGGGCCCAAAAAUAUUAUAGGUAGAAAUGCUUUAGACAAUGAUUAACCUAGAAAUGCUACUUUGAAAUCACUUGGUUCAACUCAUUUAUUAAUCUUAAAUCGAAUUGAUUAUGUUACAAUCCUUAAUAAUAUUAUGAAGGCAGAAAGUGUAAAAUAGGAACAAUUUAUUAGAAGUCUAUAAUUAUUUGCCCAUUUCUCUGAGGAGAAACUAAAAAAGUUUUGCAAUGCUCUUUAAGGCAAAUAUUUAACUCCUAAUGAGAACUUAUAUAGUGCUGGUGAUUUAGUUGAUCAUCUUUAUAUUGUUAAACAUGGGAAUCUAGCAAAGACCGUUGUCAUGGAUUUAGAAGACUAAAAUAGAUGGCCAAUAGUAAAUUUUUGUUUAUCUUUAGAAUUAAAAAAAAUGGAUGAGUCAAACCAUCACAAGAACUUUAUCCUUUAAUAUCGAAUAUAAAGCAGGAUCAUUAGUUGGUUAUUAUGAUAUACUGGAUUCAGAAUUUGAUUCAGAUAGAAAAAGAAAUGAAACUAUAGACGCGAAAACAGAUUGCUUUUUAUUGUUUAUAUCUAAAUCUUAAUUCUUUCAUGGUAUAUUUGAUGUAAUCAUAAAUAGUUUUCCAAUAAACAGAUUUGCAAUAUUUUCAUAAUUACCAUGUAUAAAACAAUCCUUUGACUUUUGAAUAAUUGGUUAAAAGUACAAGAUAAAAGGAAAGCGAAUAAAAAUAAAAAGUUUAAAUAGUCACAGAUGCAAUUUAUUCUCAUCUAAGAUAAUAUUCAUUUGAUUAUAAUACUUUAAAGAUUAAAGAAAAGAAAUAUGAUUAAGUUAAAUAGAAUUAAGUGAAUGCUUCGAAAUAAUUUAAUAGUUAAUACAAAAUAAUAAGGAGAGAUAAGCAUCUCAAAAUAUUAACUUCGCAGUAUGAGUGA